AAAAAUAAAAAAUCACGUAUUGGUUUGUUAUUUUUCUCUUUUAUUUACUUCCACCAUGAUGAUAAAAAUAGUUCACUGAGAAUCUCAGAUCACUGAUCAGUCUACAGAGAGAUUUAAGAUAGUUUCAGUACUUUACACUCAUUAGUCUUUUUGAGAUUUAUCGAUUUUAGAUGGUUGAUAUGAAUAUGAUCCAAUAGCAGUUUGAUCACCUACCCUUUUGCCAGAAGUGCCUAUAAGGAUCUUGAAUUUGGCACAGAGUGAGCAUCAAGAUUUCGAUUUGUACACAUCCUUGUGCUUUCUUUUAGAUGGGAUUCUCUGCUGAUAAUGUUCGCGGGCUUGUGUUAGCUUUGUCUUCCAGUGCCUUCAUUGGAACCAGUUUUAUUAUCAAGAAGAAGGGUCUUAUGAGAGCCGGUGCUUCUGGAGUUGGGGCAGGUUCAGGAGGCUACUCUUAUCUGAAAGAGCCAAUGUGGUGGGCGGGAAUGAUAACAAAAGUGAUUGCCGGGGAAGUAGCUAAUUUUGUAGCCUAUGCAUAUGCACCAGCAGUUCUUGUGACUCCUUUGGGAGCUCUAAGUAUCAUUGUCAGUGAAAUUCUAGCCCAUUUCGUGCUGAAGGAAAGACUGAACAUGUUUGGUGUGAUUGGCAUUGUUUUAUGUGUAAUCGGCUCUGUUGGCGUUGUUGUACAUGCUCCACAGGAGAGAACUAUAAACAGUGUCAAGCAAUUGUGGCAUCUAGCAUUGCAGCCAGGUUUCAUAAUCUACUUCUGCAUUGUAGUAGUCGCUGUUGUCAUCCUUAUUUUCCAGGUGGCACCCCGUUAUGGGAAAGAAAGUUUACUUGUCUACAUUGCAGUCUGCUCACUAGCAGGCUCCCUGACGGUUAUGGGCGUAAAAGCAGUAGGGAUUGCUUUGAAGCUGUCCUUUGGAGGGAAAAAUCAAUUCAAAUACUACCAAACUUGGAUGUUUCUUCUGCUCGUGAUAGGUUGUGUUCUUGUGCAGCUGAACUAUUUGAACAAGGCACUUGACACUUUCAAUAUCAACGUAGUUUCUCCGGUCUAUUAUGUUGGAUUUACAUGCCUCACCAUUGUAGCGAGCAUGAUAAUGUUAAAGGAUUGGGAUCAUGCAACUUCAUCACAAAUCAUUGGUGCAAUUACCGGUUUUAUCACUAUUCUCUGUGGAACUUUCCUUCUGCACAGGAUCAAAGAUAUGGCAAAAACUCCGCUCCUAGGGACCCCCUGCAGAAGUCCAGAAGCGACUACUGGUAGCGCUAGGGGUUCCAGAACAACAGAUGUGAAUACUAGUGAUAGUGGGAGUUUCAGAACACCAGAUGUAAAUAAUGAUUAUGUCGUGAGUGUUAGAGCACCAGAAAUUCAUACUGAUAAAACCGAGGAUGUCAGAACAUCAGAAAGUAACUCUACUAAUGCAAGAGUCAGUAUCUCCAGUAAAGAAGACGUUUAAACAUUUAAGAAAGUGCUGCUGUUCGACACUUCCAAAAAUAUUUUGAAUAGCCAUGGAAACGAUGCAAUCUGUUGGUUUCCCAGCCAUGCUACAUGUUAAUGCACUGCGGAAAGCUGAAAAGAGGAAGGAGGUCAUGAUCGCGUAUUAACAGGAACACAUUCAGUAGAAACAGAGUUCAUCAUAUAGUCUGAAAUAUUUUUUUCCUCUUGCCAGUGUAGUUGCCAGCAGAAUGCUAGUAGGUUUGAUUCUAGACUAUCAUGAGGAGGUUAAAUUCAUGUAUGCGAAAUCGGCAUCCGAAAUUAGAAUUACUCUGUACACGGAAUAUCUUUUAUUCCGCUCCAUCGAAAUGUAACAUUAUUUUUUGUUGAA